CCUUUGAAUGAGGAGCAUUGUAGCAGAGACCUAGCUGCGAUUGUCCCUGGUGAAUGCAGUGAGACUGUGAGCCUCAACCCAGAACCUGGAUCUGAAAUACCGAAUGAACCGAGUAGCCCAGAUGUGGAUUCGCCGCCUAAAGGGAGUAGAUGGACAACUUGGGGAUCGUGGGGCAAAUCCCUGCUUUCGACAGCAUCUGCCACAGUUGGCAAGGAUUUAUAGCGGUUAAGGAAAAAGCAGCUACCCUCGGACUUCAUGGCCCUUCUUCCGACCCCUCAGAAGAGCCUCCUCUUGACACAGAUGAAAGCUCCAUCACAGACUCUGAGGAGAUUAUACAGGAAACCUCUUUAGACAACACACCUUUGUCUUCGUCUCCUUUGGGAUCACGUGGAGUGUUUUCUACCCUUUCUAGUGCAGUGCAGAAUACUGGUAAGAGUGUCUUAACUGGUGGACUUGGUGCUUUGGAAUUCAUUGGCAAGAAAACGAUGAAUGUCCUGGCAGAAAGUGAUCCUGGAUUUAAGAAGACCAAAACGCUGAUGGAAAGAACAGUUUCCUUAUCUCAGCUGUUGCGGGAAGCGAAAGAGAAAGAGAAGCAGAGACUGGCCCAGCAAGUCACAUUUGAACGGACAGCGCACUACGGGCUGCUUUUUGAUGAGUUUCAAGGUCUGUCUCAUCUGGAAGCUCUGGAAAUUCUGUCUAAUGAAAGUGAAGGCAAGAUACAGUCGUAUUUAGCAUCACUUGAACAGGAGGAAUUGGAAACAGCCAAAAAUGCCUUGAUUGCUAUUAAGGCCAUCUUCCUUCCCCAAGAACCAAAUGAUGAAGAUGAUAAAACAGAAACAGCUGCAGCAGAAGACAUGGGAGAUGAGUUCGUAACCAAACUUACAGAACUGUUAUUUGAGCUACAUAUUGCAGCCACUCCUGACAAGCUUAACAAGGCUAGAAAGAAAGCAUAUAAUUGCUUAGAAGAAGCCAGUCUCCCCACCUCCACAGAAAUGCAGGAGCAUCCAGAAGAGAAAACUAAAGGGGAAGGAGAAAAAGAAAGUGAAGAAGAGCCUCAAAUAGAAGAAUCUGAAAAUGGAGAAGGGAAAAAACCCAAAACUAUAGAGGAAAUGUACAUGUUGUCUAUCGAAAGUCUGGCUGAGGUGACCGCCCGUUGCAUUGAGCAACUCCACAAGCUAGCUGAGUUAAUCCUUCACGGCCAAGAAGUGGAAAAGCCCGCGUUGGAUCAGGCAAAAGUUCUAACAAAUUUAACAAGUGCCAUGUGCAAUGAAGUGUUAUCCUUAUCAACAAAAUUUUCCGAUUUUUUAACUGCAGCUGGGAGCAACAGAAAAGCGGAGGUCCUUAACCCAAUGGUCAAUAGUGUACUAUUAGAGGGCUGCAACAGCACCACUUACAUUCAGGAUGCUUUCCAGUUAUUGCUUCCAGUUCUCCAAAUGUCCCAUAUCCAGACUAACUGUUUGUAAUUAGAACAGUGACCAUCUCCCAUUUAAAAGAACCAUC